CUCGUCGAGCAACUUUUCUCAGUCGUUAACGGAAUCUUAAAUCGUUCGGAGCCUUCAGCGUUCCUGCGCACCUACAAGGUGGUCCCUUUAGAUAGCAAGUGUGGUAUCAUAGAAUUCUGUCAAGGGACAGUAUCGCUGAAAGAGCUUCUAUGUGGAACGGAUCUUGUGAGUGGCCUACAUGCGAGGGAAGAACCAGGAGAUAUGAAAGCACUGCAAGUGCGAACUAAUUUAAAAGACGCCGCUAGAACCCAAGUAAAUGAAGCGUCAAGGAUGUUUCGUGAAGCUUGUGCUGUCUUCAAACCGGUGUUCAGGCACUUUUUCUAUGAACAGCACAGCACAGUUCAGUCUUGGACCCAGGCGAUCGCCAAUUAUAGGCGGAGUCUCGCCCAAUGGAGUAUAGUGACGUAUGUUGUCGGCCUUGGUGACCGUCACCUCAGUAAUGUGCUCUUUGAAAUGGACACCUGCAAAUUGGUCCAUAUCGAUUUGGGUGAGAUUUCUGUUUACGCUCGAUUUAAUUUUAGGUUGUGUCCAAAAAUUCGCGUGUUUUGA